AUGACUUUUUUGAUAGGUAUUGAUGUGGGUGGAACUAAUACAGAUUCUGUGUUAUUAGAUCCAUCCCAAAUUCGGAGCUCAAAUAGUGGCAUCAUAAACUGGAGUAAAGUGACAACUACCAAUGAGAUCUCUCAUGGAAUAGAAUUGUCACUCUCCAACUUGCUCGAGGGUCAGAAGAUUGGACCAGAUGAUAUUAGUUGCGUAACUAUUGGCACAACACAUUUCAUAAACGCAAUUGUUGAGAAGGACCAGGGAAAGUUGGAGAAAGUCGCAAUAUUGCGAUUAUGCGGACCAUAUUCAAGGGAAUUGCCUCCCUUUUCUGACUUUCCAAAAAGACUAGAGGAAAUUCUUAACGGCUAUGUGGCAUACUGUAAAGGAGGAAAUAAAAUUGAUACGCUGGAUAUUACGGAAGUUGAUGAAAAGGAGAUAACUUACCACUGUCUGAAAAUUGCAGAAUUAGGUAUAACAAAUAUUGCUGUCGUUGGAAUGUUUUCACCUGUAGCAAAUGGGCAUGAGUUACGGGUCUAUAAUAUAAUCAAAGAAAAUUUUCGGAAAAGGAAAAUGCACGUCAAUGUUACCUUAUCUCAUCAAAUUGCGGGCAUUGGAUUUUUAGAAAGAGAAAACAUCACCAUUCUCAAUGCUGCAAUCAAAAGAUAUGCUUAUUCCGUAAUAUACGAGUUCAGCUCAGCAGUGAAGAGGUCUCAAUUUAAAUGUCCUUUGUUCUUAACCCAAAAUGAUGGAACUAUUUUAACAGUUCAAGAAGCUCUCAAGAAUCCUAUUAGGACCUUCUCCUCAGGAGUCACCAAUUCUAUGAGAGGAGCUUCUUAUUUAUGCAAGAGUGAAGAUCUCUUUUUGAAUGAGCUCGAUAGGAACCAACCCGUAGUAGUAGUUGACAUAGGAGGCACAACCACAGAUGCGGGUUUACUAAACCAGGAUGGUUUUCCAAAUCUAAUAUCGUCAUAUUCUUAUAUUGGUGGUGUCAGAACAAAAAUUCCCAUGCCUAAUGUUCAGAGCAUUGGUUUGGGAGGAGGGUCAAUUGUGAGAUCAGAAAAUUCAAAGUUGAAAAUUGGCCCUGACUCUGUUGGGAAUGAAAUUAUGAAUAAGGCGAUGGCUUUCGAUGGCAGCUGUAUGACUGCAACAGAUCUAGCCCUUUCACUGAUUGCAGAAAGGAACUUAAAAAAGCUCCCCAAUAACUUUUUCAAAUUUGUUGACGUAAAGAAAUUAAAAAAACAGUUUGAUGAUGACAUGUGCAAUCUUUUUAAAAAUGAGUUGGUUUCCUUAUUAUCUAAGCUAAUAGACAGGACAAAAACUUCACCUGAUCAAAUUUCGAUGUUAUUGGUUGGAGGUGGUUCGUUCAUUGUACCCGAAGGGCCUUUUACAAUUGAAGGAUGCAAUAGAAUAUUACGCCCUCAAUUUUACCAGAUUGCAAAUGCAAUCGGCGCAGCUAUUGGGUUGAUAUCGGAGUCAGUCUCCCUGUACGCAAAUAAAGACGAAGUUGACAAAAUUUCAGAGAUUGAGCGACUCAAAAGAUUGGCACUGAAAGAAGCUGUUAGAAAAGGUGCUUUACCUUCAUCAUUAAAGGUUGUUAAUAUAAUUAUUGAGCCAGUACCUUACGUUUCCAAUUGCUACUUCUUUGAAGUGAAAGUAGUGGGGUCUCUUGAUUAUAGUCGAAAGAGCGAAUUAUUUGAAAAAGCCAGUGAUCCCGUAUUGAAAGGAAGUGCUGUAAGACAGCAGGAUAUUAGAAGUUUUCUCAAAAAAGCGGGCAUUGAAAGAACCGAACCUAUGUGCGAGUUAGAUAUUAAGCUAUAUAAGCCAUCGAUUACAGAAAAAAGAGAAUGGAUACUCAGUACCUUAGAUAUUGAGUUUAUUAGGAUUGGAUCAUAUAUACUUGGUUGCGGUGGAGGUGGCGACCCGUACACAAAAGCCUUACAAACAAAAAAAAUGAUUGAGAGUGGUCUGGUAAUAAAGGUUGUAGAUAUUGAUGGCAUUCCUGGAAUUUUUGAAUCUCCAAAUGAGCUCCUUACAGUUCCAUUAGCCGCUUGUGGCUCACCAACCGUGAUAUCUGAACAGUUACAGGGCCACGAGUUUCUUCACGCAUUUAAGACACUAAUUAGACAUUCAAACUUAAAGCCGAACGCUGUAAUUCCGUUAGAAAUUGGCGGUAGUAAUGGAUUUCAAGCAUUUUUACUCAGUGGUUUAUAUGAGUACGAUUUAAAAGUUGUUGAUGCUGAUUUGAUGGGGAGGGCAUAUCCCAUGAUUUGGCAAAUUUCUCCAGUAUUAUAUAAAGACGUGCUUGGCUAUUCAAAUAUUUUUCAGAAUUCUUCUUUAAGUGAUGGUAACGGAAAUGAUUUUUUAUUGUCUAAUGUGAAAUCAGAACUCUACGCCGAAAAGAUUAUUAGAGCUACUCUUUCUGAGGUCGGAUCUUACGUGGGAAUGGCAACAUCUCCAUUGAAGUACGAAGAGCUUAAGAAAUUUUCUAUUAGAAACAGCAUAUCUUUAGCAUGGAGAAUUGGGAGAGCUGUCACAUUGGCCAAAGACAGUAGAAAUUUAGACACUGUACCAGAAUUUAUAAUAAAUGCAAUCGGUGGGAGCGAUUAUGGUCGCUUGAUAUUUUCUGGCAAAAUUGUUGGUCUUGAAAAGAAGUUAAUCAAGGGGCAUCUUUAUGGAGAAGUUGUAAUUGAAGAAUUCAAUUCAUCAAAAUCUGAAGAUAAAAAAAAGCUAGUAAUACCAUUCAAGAACGAAAACUUAUUUUGCAAGUAUGAGCAUACUCCUUGCACCGAGAUAAUUGCUUCUGUACCGGAAUUAAUUACUGUUAUUGAUUCGGAGACAGGUGAGGCAAUUGGAACACCUGAUUAUCGAUAUGGCUUAUCAUGCUUUGUUAUCGUGAUGGCUCCAAAUCAGAUAUGGACAUCUUCAAAAAACGCACUAAGAAUAGGAGGUCCAGAGGCAUUUGGUUUUGAUCAUUUUGAAUUCAAAUCGACUUUCCAAGUAGAGAGUUCUCCAAGGAGCGUUAUUGAUGAAUAUUUUAUACCUUCUAUACAUGCAACUUCCAACAAAAAGGAAAAUCUUCAUUAA